UUAUCGAGUUAGCCCAGUUGACUGCUGGCUUCGUAGUCGAAAGGUAUGGCCAAAAUGUUUAGCCGCUGUCUAAUCUCGCUGGUGCUACUGGCACCUGCUGUGAUGGCCUACUUCGAGGGCUGUGAUAACACCUACAACCUGAGUCCGGGAACCACCUACGUUGAGUCGCCCUACUAUCCCCAGAAUUAUCCUGGCGGAACUUCCUGUCGCUACAAGUUCACCGCCCCCUUGGACUACAACAUUCAAGUGCAAUGUUCUAUUGGACUGCCAUCGAAUAAUGGUCAGUGUACCACGGAUAACUUUUGGCUGGACCCAGAGGGCGAUCUCCUGAUGCGUGGUGCUGAAAACUUCUGUGGCUCUGGAUCUUUUACGCGGGAGUCGCUCUUCACGGAAGUGGUUUUCGCCUACAUUUCCACAGGGACCAAAGGGGGAAACUUUAAGUGCACCCUGACCACCACCAAACAGAACUGCAACUGCGGCUGGUCGGCCACUUCGCGAAUUGCCAAUGGCCAGGCGGCGGCGGCCAACGAAUUUCCCAGUUUUGCGGCCCUCAAGGACGUGACCAAGAAUCAAGCAUCCUUUUGCGGAGGAACCAUAGUGGCCCAUCGUUAUAUACUAACUGCUGCCCACUGUAUUUACAUGGUCAAUAGGGCUAUAGAUAUUGUAGCUAUUGUAGGAACUAAUAGCUUGGAUAAACCUUCCAGAUACUAUCAACAAUACAGUAUACAACAAAUGAUACCCCACAGCCGAUAUGUAAGUGAUCCCAGUGUGAAUAAUGAUAUUGCUGUUUUGAUAACCGCCAGCAAUAUUCAAUGGUCCCGUGGAGUAGGUCCCAUCUGUCUGCCUCCUGACGGCACAAAUUCACUAUUUACCUAUGAUACCGUCGAUGUGAUCGGCUAUGGAUCUAUCUACUUUGCCGGACCCAGAUCUUCAAGUCUGCAGAAGAUCAAUCUCAACGUGGUCAGCAAUCAGGAUUGCCAGACGGAAUACAAUAGUGUUGCCACGAUAUACACUGGACAAAUGUGCACAUAUGAUUAUUCGGGCACAGGCCGCGACUCCUGUCAGUUCGAUUCAGGUGGUCCAGUUAUCCUUCGGAAAUCCAGACAAUUUUUGGUCGGAAUAAUCAGUUACGGAAAGAGUUGUGCGGAAUCGCAGUAUCCGAUGGGUGUAAAUACCAGGAUAACGUCGUACAUAGCUGCACCGAGUCUUCUUGGGGUUCACAGCAGGAGUAGCUACGUGUUUAUCAUGUGCGAGCUAAAGUUUUCGGUUGUACUAGUGCUUAUAUUAAUCAGUGUGGCUUGUGCCCAACAACAGUGCACCAGGUUCUAUGACUUGCAGCCAAAUCGAAUGAUAAAUAUUACCAGUUUCAAUUAUCCCGGAGCUAUACCAAGUGGUACUAACUGUCGAUUUCGCAUGAAAGCCCCCCGCAAUCAUGUGAUCUAUUUAAAUUGUCGCUUUGAGUUGUUUCCGGACACCUGUGGCUCGGAGUUCCUGUUCAUCUCGCGUGAUGGUGACCUUCAGUUUCGGGAUGCCGAACGCUACUGCCGCAUGGGCCAGGUCAAUCGGAUAUCCAACUUCCAGAUAAUGGCUUUCGCCUACUAUUCAAGCAGUCCGCAGACCCAGCAGCGUUCCCGACUUAGCUGCCAAGCGGUGGCUCGUCCGGCACCCUGCGACUGCGGCUGGUCCUAUCCGAAUCGCAUUGCUAAUGGAGUGGAGGCGGGAAAACACGAGUUUCCUUCGAUGGUGGGCAUCCGGGACUUGGCCUCCAACCUGCCCAUCUUCUGCGGCGGGAGUAUUGUCAGCGAUCGGUUCAUUAUGACCGCUGCACACUGUACCGCCCGCCAACCGGUGGCCAGCCGCCUAUUAGCACUGGUUGGGGAGCAUGACUUAAGCACAGAUAGCGAAUCGAUUUACGCGGCUCAACAUCGCAUUCAAAAUAUCUUCAAUCACCCUGGAUACAUGGAAACAGCAUCUGGCAAUAUCAAUGACAUAGCACUGCUCCAGACGGUGACGCCUAUGGAAUGGUCCAGAGGAGUGGCGCCCAUUUGUCUUCCCAUUCGACAAGCGGAGAGCAACUUUAACUACCAAAAUGUAGACAUCACGGGUUGGGGAACCCUGGGCUUUGCUGCCUCCAAGUCGAACACCCUGCAGAAGGCCACCCUGCUGACCAUGGACAAUGCCGUGUGCCGAAGUCGGUUUAACUCCAGCAUCGCUUCCAGCCAGCUGUGCACCUACGACUCUGUCGGCAGGGGCCAGGAUUCGUGUCAGUACGACUCUGGUGGCCCGGUGAUCCUGCGUCAGCGUGAGCGGAUGUUCCAGCUGGGCGUGAUCAGCUUUGGACGGGCCUGCGGUCAGCCCUUUGGCAUUGGGGUCAACACUCGGGUCACAUCGCACCUCAACUGGAUGUGGCGCUACGUGGGCGGGGCUGUGUGUGUGCGUUAAGGAUAUCAUCCAUCAGGUGAUGAACAAAUUCACACACUGAGA